AUGGCCAAGCAUUCCUAUUCACGGGACGAGCUAUUACGCAUCAAUGAGCUUGACAUUGUCAAUCACGGCCGUCAAUCUCGCCCUUUCACCGCAGAUGAAUGGCAGGUAUUGAAGGAUUUGAACAUUGCCCGGCGGACAAAGCGUGGCUAUCGAGGGGGUAUAAUGAGGCGCAAGUUCAAUAUACAAGUUGUUACAAACCAGCGUCCUAGUCUUCCAAGAAUAUACCCUUGUCCCCCUAGCCGCAGAUCUCAAAAUCUUAUUCUCUUGACAGACAACCCGGUUCAUCGUCGUUCUAACCAAAAGGAAGACGACAAACAUCUUCGAAUGUGUUUGUGGAACGCCAGAUCAAUGACCUCUAAAGUAACUCAAAUCUGUGACAUGAUUCUAGAGAAUGACCUAGAUGUUCUCAUACUUACUGAGUCGUGGUUAAGAGGUGAUGAUAAUGAUCACCACAUCAUCGCAGAUCUGAAGUCUACUUUGCCAGACUAUGACAUUUUACAGGAACCACGGAAAACUGUACGAGGAGGUGGUAUAUGUGUGAUAUAUCGUUCAUCGAUCAAAGUAGUUAAGAACACUUGCCACAGAUUUGACUCCUUCGAAACUCUAGAUAUGACUGUCCGAACAUCGUCUGCAUCGGUAGUCAGAAUCUACGCCAUAUAUCGACCUCCACCAUCACCACAGAACAAACUGACAUUUCUCAUGUUUUUGAGAGAAUUCUCAUCAUUGCUUGAAAUGAUAUCAGUCAUCGACCAUACUCCUCUUAUCCUUGGAGAUUUUAACAUCCAUGUUGAUGAUAGGCAGGACCGUGAUGCUGAAAAGUUUAUUAAUGCCCUCGAUUCUGCUGGUUUCCUGCAACAUGUCAGCGUACCAACACAUAGAGCAGGGCAUACACUGGACCUUCUUAUUACAAGGAAAGUUGAUCAGCUUAUAUUGGACCUAGAGUCAAUCACAGGACUGUCGUCUGAUCAUGAUGCGAUCUUAACUUCCAUGAACCUAGAACGGCCCGUGUCUUCAAAGAAAGUAGUAACGUGCAGAAAGUUACGUAGUAUCAACUUAGAGAAAUUUAGAGAAGACAUCAAAAAUUCUGUUCUCUCUAAAUCAUGUGCGUCUAACCUAUCAGAAGCAGUUGAUGAGUAUAACAAUGUUCUCCAGGAUCUCCUUGACAAACACGCCCCCGCUAAGUUAACUCGUGUAUCCUUGAGGCCUAGAGCCCCAUGGUACACGGAAGCGGUCCGGAGAUCCAAGCAGAAAAGGCGGCAAGCCGAACGGAAGAUGGUGAAGACCGGUCUUGAGAUUCACAAGGAAAUAUAUCGUGAUGCGUGUAAACAACAUGAUGAAACCUUGAAGAAAGCAAAGACCGACCAUCUGACCGCAGAAAUAGCCGGAUGUGACACUAAACAACUGUUCAGAUUCGUCAGAAGAUUUUCCAAUCCAUCUCGUGAAUCGAUCCUUCCAGAUCAUGACGAUGACAAGGAGUUAGCUGAUAGAUUUGGAGAAUUCUUCCACAACAAAAUCCAAACGAUAGUAAAUGAUGUACCUGGUUCUUUAGUGGGAGCUUCUAUGACAUCUACACUUAUGCACAGCUUCACAGAGUUUGAGCCUGUCACUGAGAACCAGGUAAAGAUGAUCAUCCGCCAAAGCCCUUCAAAGUAUUGUGACCUUGAUCCGGUACCAACGUGGCUUGUGAAAGCGUGUCUCGAUGAACUGUUACCUCAUGUAACUCGAAUCAUAAAUUCAUCCCUUUCAUCGGGAACCAUGCCUGAUAUGUUAAAGUCAGCAUUGGUUAUGCCUCUCCUGAAGAAGCCAAAACUGGACCACAAUGAUAUGAAAAGCUACCGGCCUGUUGCGAACCUCAUGUUCAUUGCUAAGAUCUUGGAGAAAGUCGUCUCGGUACAACUACGCGCCUACUUGCAUGAACACGGGUUGUUCCCACUUAUGCAGUCUGCAUAUAGACACUUCCAUUCAACAGAGACCGCACUUGCCAAAUUGAUGGAUGAUCUCCUUCUCGCCGUUGACAGGGGCCAAGAAGCGAUUCUUGUCCUACUGGACUACUCUGUAGUCCAGUAG